GAAAUACAUUGUCAAGGUCAACAUGUUGGUUGAGUGUCCUUGUCUCCUGGGACGGGCUAACUUCCCUGCUCCCCGGAACUAACUGCUCCAUCGCUCCAUCCUCUCGGGUCCAAUGUCCCUUGCUAGCAGCCUAAGCUACAAGACCAAUAUUACGGAGUAAUGUCAAUCAAAAUCUUCCCAGCCGUGAGGAUCGUGAUCCUCUGCCUGUGUGGACAAAGUGUCCCCCGGUGUUUAAGCCUAAUCGGGUGUUCAAAGUACGUGUGUCUAUGGCCGCAGUGACAUGCGAAAGCCUUCACCUACAACUACAUGCGCCUUGGGACAAUCAAAUCAAACCAUUACAACCGGAUUAUACCUAAAUAGGACAAAGGAUUCAGUGUAUCGUUGGGGUUUUCUUUAGAUAUUCGGCGCUCGCGAUUACACAGGCAGUACAUUUGUCAACACAGGCAAUUGAUUGCGAUCCAACUUGCCGUCCCGGCUCACUGGAUUGCUCGUCAAAACACCCUGGCUUGGGUCUUGAGCUAGCCCUUUCAUCUCCGGUCCAACACACUCGGACGCUCCCUGUCAGUGGUUUUUUGUCUCAACCUUGUCCCCCCCAGUCUUGAUGGGUAACAUUCUCACAGCCAUCACACCCUCUUCAUUAAGCAAGCGCGUCGAUCAGUGAGAAUAAUGCAACCGCCCAGGCAUUGUACGCUUCGCCGGCCACCAUAGCUCAGGCCACCACUCCUGCCAGCAAACCUGUUAGAAGCAGCUUCCUAGCGCCGUUGGUCUUUGUCGCAGUGCGCGUCUAUUGAUGCCGAUUCGGAUGGCACGGCGCCUUCUCGACGAAUCCUUCUGCUUCAAUCCCAGAGGAAGCAUCGUUGUGUACCUUAUGGGAUAUUCUCAUCGGGCCAACGACUGCAAGCAUGGUGUCGCGAGACGCCGGGAUUCAAUUGCUGUCCCUUAUCAGAGGGAGUUAUUGGCCCACAGGGGUACAGGAGUCCUAUCGGGACUCCUCUGGUUCCUGGCUCGGAGACGGUUUGAAGGAGGAGAAAUCAAGGGCUUCUAUUCACCGCCUCCUCGGAACGGCCCUCCGAUUCGUAUCCAGCAACUUCCACCAUCCACGAUACGGGCUAACAACAACAAGAGCCAUCUCUCCCAAUUACCUCCGCUCAUACCCCCGGGCCAACAACAAGUUCCCAAUUCCCUGCCUUGCUGCCUUGCUGCCUUGCUGGGAUGUCUUACAUCCACGCUGUCGGUAACGAACAGACUUGGACCAACAUACAUCGCAUUACGGUCUUAGAUGAGUUCUAUUUCGAUGGAGGCACUGCCCAGGCGAGCAGUUGCCUUGCAUGAGUCGGUCGACACACGCGUCGCCUUCAGUGGUGUGAGGCUUUUCCGGCUCCGCAUUCGUGGAGAUAUUCAUAUCAAGCGUGAUGCGGCCCUUUCAUGCAUCACAUGGCAGACUUUUGGCAGGCUUCGGCAGCGGAUUAACGUGCUCUAGUGCUGUAACGGGUGAUGUUAUCAUGACAAGUGUUGUCUAGCAUUCUGCCUUGUGGUGUCUUGGAGUGGCUGGGAAUCUCGUCGCGGUCUCGUUACGAGGGGCAGCCUGGUAUGCCGUCCAUUCGGUCAUUUUCCAUGCCGAUAACUCUUUUCUUGCGCAUGAGAGGCUAGGUAGGGUGUAUUCUGUGAUGGAGUGGUGUGAUAAUGGCGACAUUGGGGGGAAAUACCGGACAUGCCAGCUCCCCCAGUUGCUGUGCGACAGUCUGCGGGCAUAUGAUGUCGGGCAGGGACAUGUGGUUUCGUCGAGGACCUACCAAGCCUCUACUGGGUACAAUAUUCCACGUUAUCUUUACUCUAUCUGCUUU